AUGAAGUGUUUUGAGAGAGCAUUGGCUAUCCAAGAGAAGGCGUAUGGUCACGAUGAUCCACGUUUAGCUACUACACUGAAUGAAAUGGGAUUUUGUCACCUUGGCCUAGGACAGCAUCAAGAAGCCAUGAAGUGUUUCGAGAGAGCAUUGGCUAUCCAAGAGAAGGCGUGUGGUCACGAUGAUCCACGUUUAGCUACUACGCUAAAUGGACUGGGAUUCUGUCACCUUGUUCAAAAUCAGCAUCAAGAAGCCAUGAAGUGUUUUGAAAGAGCAUUGGCUAUACAAGAGAAGGCGUAUGGUCACGAUGAUCCACGUUUAGCUACUACGCUAAAUGGACUGGGAGUCAGUCACCGUGUUCAAAAUCAGCAUCAAGAAGCUAUGAAGUGUUUCGAGAGAGCAUUGGCUAUCCAAGAGAAGGCGUAUGUUCACGAUGAUCCACGUUUAGCUACUACGCUGAAUGAAAUGGGAUUCUGUCACCGUGAUCAAAAUCAGCAUCAAGAAGCCAUGAAGUGUUUCGAGAGAGCAUUGGCUAUCCAAGAGAAGGCGUAUGGUCACGAUGAUCCACGUUUAGCUACUACGCUGAAUGAAAUGGGAUUCUGUCACCGUGAUCUAGGACAGCAUCAAGAAGCUAUGAAAUGUUUCGAGAGAGCAUUGGCUAUCCAAGAGAAGGCGUAUGUUCACGAUGAUCCAUGUUUAUUUACUACGCUGAAUGGACUGGGAUUCUGUCACCGUGAUCAAAAUCGGCAUCAAGAAGCCAUGAAGUGUUUCGAGAGAGCAUUGGCUAUACAAGAGAAGGCGUAUGUUCACGAUGAUCCACGUUUAGCUACUACGCUGAAUGAAAUGGGAUUCUGUCACCUUGGCCUAGGACAGCAUCAAGAAGCCACGAAGUGUUUCGAGAGAGCAUUGGCUAUACAAGAGAAGGCGUAUGUUCACGAUGAUCCAUGUUUGGCUACUACGCUAAAUGGACUGGGAGUCUGUCACCUUGUUCAAAAUCAGCAUAAAGAAGCCAUGAAGUGUUUUGAAAGAGCAUUGGCUAUACAAGAGAAGGCGUAUGGUCACGAUGAUCCAAGUUUAGCUACUACGCUGAAUGAAAUGGGAUUCUGUCACCGUGAUCAAAAUCAGCAUCAAGAAACCAUGAAGUGUUUCGAGAGAGCAUUGGCUAUCCAAGAGAGGACGUAUGGUCACGAUGAUCCACUUUUAGCUACUACGAUAAUAAAUGGACUGGGAUUCUGUCACCGUGAUCAAAAUCAGCAUCAAGAAGCCAUGAAGUGUUUCGAGAGAACAUUGGCUAUCCAAAAGAAGGCGUAUGGUCACGAUGAUCCACGUUUAGCUACUACGCUGAAUGAAAUGGGAUUCUGUCACCGUCUUCAAAAUCAGCAUCAAGAAGCCAUGAAGUGUUUCGAGAGAGCAUUGGCUAUCCAAGAGAAGGCGUAUGGUCACGAUGAUCAGGCCUACCCCGGGUCAUUAAGUCGCCUUAAAUCGCCUUAA